AUGGUGUCGGCCUGGUUGUUCCUAUGGACGAGGCACAAGAUACCGGAUAAUGGACUUGUGGAGCAGGGUCGAGGCUUAUUAAUCCACAAAGUUGAAACGAAAAUGUUCCGUAUUGGUGGACAAUCGAUGGCACGGCUUGUUUCACGUACAAUACGAUCGACCGUAAGACACUAUGCCAAAGAUGUGAAAUUUGGCGCAGAUGGGCGUGCUUCGAUGCUGUACGGUGUGGAUACUCUAGCGGAUGCAGUCGCAGUCACAAUGGGGCCGAAGGGAAGAAAUGUUGUAAUUGAGCAGUCAUGGGGAAGUCCAAAGAUCACAAAAGAUGGCGUUACUGUAGCGAAAGCGAUCGAUUUUAAAGACAAAUACAAAAACCUGGGAGCAAAAUUGGUGCAGGAUGUAGCAAACAAAACCAAUGAAGAGGCUGGUGAUGGUACCACAUGUGCUACAGUUCUGGCUCGAGCAAUUGCAAAAGAAGGUUUUGAGAAUAUCAGCAAAGGAGCUAAUCCAGUGGAAGUGCGGAGAGGAGUAAUGAAUGCUGUGGAACUUUUGGUUGCUGAACUGAAGAAAAUGAGCAAAGAUGUGACAACUCCAGAAGAAAUUGCACAGGUAGCAACAAUUUCAGCGAAUGGUGAUUCCACUGUAGGGAAAUUGAUAUCCGAAGCGAUGAAGAAGGUCGGAAAUAGGGGUGUAAUCACGGUGAAGGAUGGUAAAACACUUCAUGAUGAAUUGGAAACGAUCGAAGGAAUGAAAUUUGAUCGUGGAUACAUUUCCCCAUAUUUUAUCAACACCACAAAGGGAGCGAAAGUGGAAUUUGAGAAAUGUCUUCUUUUGUUUUCGGAAAAGAAAAUCAGUCAAGUGCAGGAUAUUGUACCGGCUCUUGAAUUGGCGAACAAGUACAGAAAGCCAAUUGUAAUUAUCGCGGAGGAUGUGGAUGGUGAAGCACUUACUACUCUUGUGCUUAAUAGGUUAAAGGUUGGUCUCCAAGUGGCAGCUGUGAAAGCACCUGGUUUUGGAGAUAACAGGAAAAAUACAUUGAAGGAUAUGGCAAUAGCUACCGGUGGAACAGUCUUUGGAGAUGACGCUAAUUUGCUAAAAAUUGAAGAUGUGCAGAUCAGUGAUCUCGGCGAAGCUGAAGAAGUUUCAAUCACAAAAGAUGAUACACUCAUCUUGCGUGGCAAGGGGAAACCUGAAGACGUGGAAAAGCGAAUUGCUAUGAUUGAAGAUGAGCUGGAGCAAAGUACAUCUGAAUACGAAAAGGGUGUUGCAGUCCUGAAAGUAGGUGGCGCAAGUGAAGUAGAGGUAAACGAAAAGAAAGAUCGUGUUACGGAUGCCUUGAAUGCUACUAGAGCAGCUGUUGAAGAAGGUAUUGUACCAGGUGGAGGUGUUGCUCUCCUUCGCGCUUUGAGAGCUAUCGAAAAUAUAAAAGGAGAGAAUAAUGAUCAAGAUAAAGGUAUCCGAAUAGUGCAAAAAGCAGCACGUGAGCCAAUCAUGACAAUUGUGAGGAACGCAGGUGUUGACCCAUCUUCUGUUGUGGAAAAAGUACUCGCCAACAGCGAAUUGUCGUUUGGAUAUGAUGCCAUGAAUGAUGUUUUUGUGGAUAUGUUCAAAGCCGGUAUCAUUGAUCCCACAAAGGUCGUUCGGACUGCUCUUCAGGACGCGGCUGGCGUUGCAUCGUUAUUGGCUACAACGGAAUGCGUAGUGACGGAAAUGCCGAAAGAGGAGCCUCAGAUGGCAGCUGGAAUGGGUGGAGGUAUGGGUGGCGAAAUGACUUCAGAAAUAUAUGUGAUCUUUGCAAUUGUGUCGAUUUCUCUCUAUGUAUCACUCAAAAUAUUAAAACGUGGUAGUGAUACGAGUAAUUGUUUCCUGAAAAUGGUUUGUACCGGUAAAUCUAUCGAUCCACCGCUAUCCACUGAUCAAAUUCACAAAACUUUAAGGGAUAAAUUUAAUCCAUUAAUUGUUGAUGAAAAGUGGGAUGUGAUUGUAAUUGGAUCGGGUUUGUCAGGAUUAACAGUAGCAAGAGUGCUAACAGCUGCAGGUCGUAAAGUGCUUGUGCUGGAACAACAUGAUCGAGCUGGUUUGCACUACGUGCAAGAUAUGUAUUCUGGAAAGGAACUGUAUCGAAUUUGUUCAGCCAUUACAGAUUCACAAGUUCAAUGGCAAAAAAUGGAUGAACCAUUCGAUACUGUAAUAAUUGGAAAACGGUACUAUGGUCGAACGUCUGGAGACACUAUGCAUUUUCGUGAUCAAUUAAAAUUCUGGUUUUCAAACGAAGCAGAUCGUAUCGAAAAUUAUUUCGAUUAUGUUCUAAAAUGUCUUAAUAUCAAUUUUUGGUGGCUAAUUGGUGUAAAAUUCAUACCGCUGUUCAUUGUCCGCUUACUAUCCAAAUUCAAUUUCAUCAAUUUCUUCACCAAAUUAUUCCAAUAUUGUGAACUGAACCUGUUGGAUGUUAUGAAGAAUUAUGGGCUUAGUGCGGAAGUGAGAGCUGUUAUCAAUUAUUAUUUUGUUAAUUAUGGUGUUCCACCCAAUCGUGCAUCAUUCCUUCAACAUCAUCUAUUUCUUAUGGAAAAUGGAUAUUAUCCCAUCGGUGGUGCAACAUUAUUUAUAGCUAGCAUCAUUCGUUCCAUUGAAAAAUUUGGUGGAAAAGUGAUUGUAGAAGCGGAUGUGGAACAAAUAGUGUUUAAUAAUGGAAGGGUUAAUGGAGUAAAAGUGAAACAUGGCUCUUCUGAAUAUUUCAUCCAAGCAGCACUGGUUGUUUCAACAGCUCCAAUUAUUAAAACAUUCAAUGAGCUAAUAUCUCAAAAUAUCACUAGAAACUCAAUUAUGUUUAAAAUGGUUAAUCAACUUAAUUCAUUGAAUACCGUGCCAAUUGGUGGAUUUCAAGCAUAUAUUGGUUUGUCUGGAACGCAAAACAGUCUCCAAUUACCAUCGAAUAAUUUUUUUUGGUACAAGAACAAUAAUCCCUAUGAGUUUGAUCAUUACUUAAGUUUGUCAUCCUCAGAAGCAGCAGAGUAUGGUUGUCCACCGCAAAUUUUUAUUUGCUUCCCAUCAGCCAAAGAUCCGACGUGGGAUGAACGAAAUCCUGGCACUUCGACAUGUCAAUUAAUUUCCUUAGCAAAUCCUGCUUGGUUCGAAGAAUUUAAAGAUACAUCUAAAAAGAAAUCCAUAAAACGAUUGAAUCGAGCAGAGUACAUUGAAUUAAAACAUUUAAUUGGUGAACUGAUAGUAAAUCAGUUCUUGAUACUGUUUCCAAAUCUUGAAUCACAUAUAGCAUAUGUUGAUUUUUCAACUCCAUUAACUCAACAAUAUUAUAUGCAAAAUGUUCAUGGCGAAUAUUAUUCAUUAACACAACAAAUUGAUCGAUUUAAUUUCAAAUUUUGGAGUGAAUUAAGGUGCAAGACAGAUUUGCCCGGUCUUUACCUGUCAGGACAAGAUGUUCUUUUCUGUGGUAUUGCAAGUGUGUUACACAGUGCUUUAUUGACAGCUGGGAAUAUAUUGAAACGUAAUUUAGUGCAAGAUCUAAAGGAAGCUUACAACAAACAAACGGGUUAUAUUGAAGGAUUAAUUAUGCUUCGUUUUCAACUUUUAUUACUGCUAACUAUUUCAUCCUUUGCUUACGGUUUAUUUGGGCGAAAGAAGAAUGUAACGGUAGUGGGUGAAUUAAAUUGUGGUCGAAAUUAUUAUUCCAACGUAAAAGUUGAACUUUGGGAGGCAGACACUGUGGAUCGGGAUGAUAAAUUAAAUACAACAUAUACGAACGAAUCGGGCCAAUUCAAGAUAUUUGGCCAGGCAAGAGAAAUAUUAAAUAUCGAGCCCUAUUUAAAAGUACAUCACUUCUGUCAGCAUGGAACUCAUGAUGUGCGAUGCGAAAUAACUGAUCGUUUCGAUGUGCCAAAACAAUACCAAGGCAAACUGUACAAUCUAGGCCUAGUCGAUUUAUCCACUGCAACUAAAAAGCGAAAAAAAAAGUGCCACUGA